AUGUCUCGAUUCCUCCAACCACCAGGGUCAACCAACCCAAAACUUUCUACUUCAUUCUCUCCAUGCAAGCUCCAUGAGGUUGAGAGCUGGCAGGCUGAAGCUUAUUUCCCUCCACCCCACUCCAUCGGCCACCAAUCUGUCAAAACCGCGGCCAGUACAGAACAUUUCUUGAGUGAAUGUGGCAUCGUCUCGCUGGGCUUCAAUUUAGACGAUCCAUCCAAUCUCACCAACUUAAGUUCAAUGCUUCAUAUCGCCAUGGACAAGUUCAAUAUGUUCGCCAUGACCUGUUCAGAGCCAUCCUUAGAUGCCCUCAUCACUCUCGUUCAAAGAGAGAAUGAUAAAUGGCAAGAUCAUUUCAACUUCGCUGAGCAGUACAGCUGGACCUUCCAGCCAGUAGCGGCACCUGGAUCGGUCUAUCGUCAUAGGAUGGAUGCACAGAUGGACAUUGAUUCUGAGGGCAGCGGAAAGGACCAUGGCUCAUCUUCCCAGCCAUCGGAAUUCGGAGAAAUGGAGCAAGGUGAUGCAACGGCUGAAUCGACUGCUCGACUGCUCGGGAUGCAGAGAAUCCUCAACACACAGAAGUCUGCCAACUUUUAUAGAGACUUACUCUUUUCCCGUGAAACAGAACUGACUCCUGAGGAGGAGCAGAUUUGUCGCGAAAUAUUGGCCUUAGAGGAAUUGGUCAAAUCGAACCCUAACAUAUUUGAAGAUGCAACAACAACAACGAUUCCUAUGGGUUAUUCCUACUUUCCGAAGGAGUUCAUUGUUCUGCCGAGGAGGUGGUUGAGAGCACCGAAUCUAGUAUUUGAGUCGAAACACAAGAGCGGCUGUCACUUCACUGCCUACGAGAAGCCAGAGGAGCUCGUUGGCGAUUUGCGAAGGAUGUUUGGGAAGGGCAGACCUGCCUUUGCAGUCAUCCCUGGAAAGAUGGGUUACGACUGA